AUGGAGCCGCCGGCGACAGUUGGUGGAGGCGGCGGUGGAGGAGAAGGAGUGAGGCGCCAGCAGCCGCAACAACAACAACAACAACAACAACAGGGUGUAGGGAAUAUGUUGACGGGGAUAAUUAGGGUGGCAGUGUUGUGGUAUUUCGCGUCCAAAUUCUUUGGACCCAAGCGGCCGCCUAGUGCUCAGUCCUCUCACCAGAUCUCCAAUCUGUUUCACAAGGGGGAACCUCUGGAUAUGUGGUUAUAUCUUUCUGAGCAAGAGAAAUUUAAUGACUUCAGCAGUGAGGGGGCCCUUGUCUGGCAGGAGACAAAUAUACCUUUCGCUGUUUGGACAGCAGACAGUACAAGAACUCUAUCCGUGAAGUAUUAUCCUUCUGAGGCUUUAAAGCACAAUGGGAGUCUUUAUGCUCAUGUUUUCUUUGCUAGGUCUGGCUAUCCGCCAGACCCGAAGGACCCUGAGUACCAACCUUUGGCUGCUUUUGGGAGGACCCACCCUUUGGUGACAUAUUUGCCCAAAAAGGCUGACAAGAAGAAGAGUCUUUUAGGGAACUCCAAGGAUGCUGGAGUAGAUGAAAAGGCUACAGAUGUAUCUAAUGCUCAUAUGAGAAAUGUUUUCUUUCGCAGAUACACUCAGAAUGCAGUUCCGCCAAAUAUUGCUCCUUACUUGAACAUUGAGUAUAGUACAGGAAACUACUAUCCCACCAUAUUCUGCAAUGACUUUUGGUUGCUUCGGGAUAAGUUGAUACAAAUCAAUGAGACGGUGAAUGAAUUGCCUCUGAAUCUUGAGGUUGGUCCCAUUAGCAUGACAAAAUGGCAGCUAUACCUACAGAUUGACCAGUCAUUCCAGAUUCAUAGGAAUUAUGGGAGCAUGCUUGAAGGUGAAGCUGAUGAACUUAAGAGAGUCUUUCUGGAGGGGAACCCUUACCUUUUGGUAGUUACCAUGGUCGUUUCGCUACUUCACUCCUUGUUCGACUUCUUGGCUUUUAAGAACGAUAUUCAGUUCUGGAAUAAAAACAAGUCCAUGGAGGGAUUAUCCGCAAAAUCUGUUGUCGUGAAUUUCUUUUCUCAGCUAAUAGUCUUCCUUUAUCUCCUCGACAAUGAAACUUCGUGGAUGAUACUUGCAAGUUCUGGUAUUGGCUGCUGUAUCGAGUUCUGGAAAAUAGGAAAAGCCAUGCAUAUUGAGAUUGACAGAUCAGGUGUUAUACCAAGGCUGAGGUUCCGUGACCGUGAGUCAUAUGCUCGUAACAAGACUAAAGAAUAUGAUGAUAUUGCAAUGAAAUACUUGACAUACGUUCUCUUGUUUCUCGCUGUAUGUUUCUCUAUUUAUUCUCUGAAGUACGAACGACACAAGAGUUGGUACUCUUGGAUUCUCUCAUCCCUUACGAGCUGCGUCUACAUGUUUGGUUUUAUUAUGAUGUGCCCUCAGCUGUUUAUUAAUUAUAAGCUAAAGUCUGUCGCCCAUAUGCCAUGGAGACAGAUGACAUACAAAUUCUUGAACACGAUCAUCGAUGAUCUCUUUGCGUUUGUUAUUAAGAUGCCGAUCCUUCAUCGACUUUCCGUCUUCCGUGAUGAUGUUAUAUUCUUGAUAUACCUUUAUCAAAGAUGGGUGUACCCGGUGGACAAGAAACGAGUAAAUGAAUUUGGUUUCGGUGGGGAGGAUGAACAAGCAGCCACGACCAGUACUCGGGCAAUAGAGCAGAGCGAAGAAGAGAAGAAAACUAAAUGA